GCAUAAGGAGGUGGAGGAUGAAGCGGCAGGAGACCGCAGCGAGUUAAGAGGAAGAGGAGGAAGCUAAAGAGGAUGAGACAGAAGGAGAUUAGGACGAAGAAAAGGUUGAGAAGAAGAAGAAGAAAAGGAGCAGCCCCUGUAUGAAACUAUCUAACAGGUAGGCUAAAAGGCAGGAAAGAAGAAGAAAAAGUGAUCAGCUGGAAAAGGAAGGUGAGCUAAGCGGAUCGGUACAUGAAGUUCCAGUGUCCAGUGGUGUGCUUGGUCGCCAUCUUGUGGCGUGGCGUGGGAUAACACGGUGGCGCGUUUGUAUGAUGGCUCAUGAAUGGUCAAUGGCUCUGAUUGCUUUUGUCAUGAACCAGAUGAUUGACGUGUACGUUGAUUGACAGACGUUACAGCGAGGGGGGCCCCAUGGUAACCAUGACAACCGUCCAACCAACACAGGAAGCAUGGUAGCCACCCUGAUGGACUGACGCGUGCAUCGACCCGACCCGCCCAUGCAGCUCCUCAAGCCCCUCCCCCUCCUCCCCCUCCUCCCCCUCCUCCCCCUCCUCCUGCUGGUGGCGACAGGUGGGUGUCAGUUCGACACGUGUCGGACUCUCGGCGACUCGGAGGCGGGGCCGAAAUGGGAGUUCUCCGCCUGUCAGCCGCCGCCCGCCAACAUGAGGGAGGCCAUGCAGAUCCGAGUCGAUCCGCCAGGGGUCACCUGUGGGAACCCCCCCGAGCGCUUCUGCACCCUGGACAACCCGUACCUCUGCAGCGAUGAGUGCGACGCGUCCAGUCCCGACCUGUCUCACCCCCCUCAGCUGAUGGGAGACCGGGAGCGGGGGGGGCUCAUCACCUACUGGCAGACGGUCACAUGGUCCAAGUAUCCCGAGCCGCUAUUGGCCAACAUCACGCUGUCGUGGAACAAGACCCUGGAGGUGGUGGACGACCUGGUGGUGACCUUCGAAUACGGCCGCCCCACCAGCAUGGUCCUGGAGAAGUCCCUGGACAAAGGUGUCACGUGGCAGCCGUACCAGUUCUACGCCGACGAUUGCAUGGACACGUUCGGCAUGCCGCCGAAAAGGGUGUCCGACUUGGCGCCCAGCAACGUGACCCGGGUCAUCUGCACCGAGCAGUACUCCCGCUGGGUGGGGGCCAAGGAGGAGAAGACGGUGGUGUUCGAGGUGCGAGCUCGCUUCCAAGUGUUUGCGGGUCCAAAGCUGAUCAACAUGGACGCCUUGUACACCCGCAUGGAAAGCACCAGGGGUCUGAGGGACUUCUUCACCUUCACCAACAUCCGCCUGCGACUUCUUCGGCCGGCGCUGGGCGGGACCUACGUCCAACGAGACAACCUGCUCAAGUACUUCUACGCCGUCUCCAACAUAGACGUACCUGCCAGGUGUCAGUGUAACCUGCACGCAUCCAGCUGCACGCUACGUGAUGCUACGCUCACGUGCGACUGUCAGCACAACACCGGCGGACAGGACUGCGAGCGCUGCGGCGCCGACUUCCGUUCCCGGAGCUGGAGGCCUGGAACCUUUCUGCCCUUGCCCAAAGGCACGGCCAACGCGUGUGAAGCAGCAGAAACAACAGCCACGGCUGAUGACUCAAACUCUGAUAGAACUUCUCCCUCAUCACGUGGAAUCACUGAUACUUCUACUAUUACUCUUGGCCCUACUGAUACUUCUACUAUUACUCUUGGCCCUACUGAUACUUCUACCACUGACAAUUCCUCUACUGCUACUAUUACUUCUACAGACACUACUGAUACUUUGACUUCGACUACUUCUAGUAUUACUUCUACAGACACCACUGAUACUUUGACUUCGACUACUUCUAGUAUUACUUCUACAGACACCACUGAUACUUUGACUUCGACUACUUCUAGUAUUACUUCUACAGACACCACUGAUACUUUGACUUCUACUACUGCUAGUAUUACUUCUACAGACACUACUGAUACUUUGACUUCUACAGCCAGUACUGAUACUUUGAUGACUUCUUCUACUUCUAGUAGUACUUCUACAGUCAGUACUGUUCCUUUGACGAGUCCUUAUACUUCUACAGUGGACAUGUUUUCUAGGUGGACUACUGGUGAUACUUCUAAUGCUUACAGUUCUAAGACCGAUAGUUCUACAACCGAUGCUAGCGCUAUGGCGACAACGGACAGAAGUACUACAACAUGGUUUCCGAGUUCCAGCUUGCAGGCAACCACUGUAGUGGACUCUUAUAGUCCAAAGUCAGGGACUAGUUUCCAGGCGUCUUGGACAACAGGGGACCCGAGUGAUGUCAGUAGCACCGCUAGCACCCCAGGACUAGAUAGGCUUUUAGACUUUGGCAGUGCUGCAGGACCAAGGACAAAUGAUCCACUUUCUAAUGUAGCAGAAACCCCCACCCUACGGACCACCAUCGCUACGCCCAGUGCCACAAAUGGCGACCAAAGCCCAAAGAGCGGGACUGACUCUGAGGUCUUUUCCGACCAAGUGUCUCCAACCCCUGCCUCCAGCUUGUCACCAGACAACACAGACUUGGUCCCCUCUGAAGCUAGUAGCGCCAGCGUUCUACCAAGUGCAGUUCUACGCUCAAGUGGAGCACCACAGGACACGACGCUGGCCCAGGCUGGAACUCUGGCUGACAACAUGGUUCUCUCUGGAGAUAUCACACCUACUCAACCAUUUUCUCCUGCUGGAGAUGCCCAACCUACUUUUGAUGUUCCAACUUUCAAUGGACCUCUUCCUGAUGGUCUGCUCCCCAUUGAAGCUCCUGGUGUUUCUUCUACUAAUGUACCGCCCACGGUUGAACCUUCUCUUGAUGGACUCCUUCCUGACGGCCCCUCUGAUAUACCCUCCACCAAGGAAGACAUUCUUGAGAUGCCAACUCCUGAUUUAGCCUCUCUUGAUGUCCCUCCAGACAGUCGCUCCACCCAGAAAAAUGGUCCACCUGAAAGACCUAUCCCUGAGCAACCUCCUAGUGAAGACCCUCCUGAUGAAGUUGCACCUGACAGAUUUCCUGAGGAAAAUCCUGGUAAGGAAACAGCAAAGAUAACGCCUUCAAAAGUUGGAGAAGUUGUAAAGUCCACAAGCUCCAGUGGUCCAGACUGGUCUGAGCCUGCUAGUGACGUGGCCCCAGUAGACUUCACCUUCCCUUUUCCAGAGGAUCAAUAUUCAAGUGGACCUGAUACUCCUUCGGGAGCAGAGGAGUCCAAUCCAGAUCCUGAUUCAGAUUCACUGCACCGUAGUUUGGAUUCUGACUCAGCAGAAGGAGAAACAAGUCAAAUAAGAGAGAGACCACCUGGGUUGCUCACACCAGAGUCUUUGGAAUCCAAUUCCAAAUCUCCUGAGCAGGAGUCAAGGCCGGAUCCUGCUCCCACAGUCGAUGAACCAAGAGUAGACACCCCGUUGGGUGAGAAGACAGAAGAGGGGUCCGACAACUGGAGGGCAGGGGAGCCAAGAGAAGAAAAAGCAGCUGUAGAGUCCAAAGACCAAGAUGCCUUGAAGGAAGGACAGGACAAAGAUGAAAAAGGCUAUGAGAAAAAAGCCAUACAGAAAAUUCUGAUUCCUGGAGGACCAAAGACCAGUCAGCUGUCCAAAAUUGCCUAUGUCACCUUCCAGGACUGCGAGUGUAACGCCCACUCCAACCGCUGCAGCUUCAUUGACUUCCUGAACGUGGUGACGUGUGUGAGCUGCAAGCACAACACGCGAGGCCACAGGUGUCAGUACUGUAGGCUGGGCUACUACAGGAACACCUCGCUGGGCCUGGACCACCAGGACGUGUGUGCGGACUGCGAGUGCGACCCCGCCGGCAGCUCGUCUCCACACUGCUCCGACUCAGGGUUCUGUCAGUGCAGAGAGGGCGCCACCGGGAGGCGCUGUGACUCCUGUCUGCCCGGAUACACGUGGAGGGGGGGCGGAGCCGGCUGCACAGCCAACGUCUGCGACGAGACUCGGACUUGCCAGAACGGCGGGACGUGCGUGGACUUUGUGCGCUGCGAGUGCAAGGACGACUUCAAAGGUAAACGCGCGUGUGAUGACGUCACAAGCCGGGCGCUGACGCAGUGUGCACGCGCAGGUGUGUCCUGUGAGCAGCGCGUGUGUCUGAAGAAGAGCGCUUGCCUCGACGACCACAGAAGCUCCGCCCCUCCGGUCGCCUCCCGCCUCGACCUGCUGACCCUGGGCCUGCUCGUCCCCGCCUUCUUGUGACCCGACUCCGCCCAUUCGGUCUGUGACGUCAUCCGUAGCGAUGCUGUGCAACCACGUGAAAAUGAAAUAAAAGGAAGUUGCGUCUGCGUGACUGACCACACCGAUGACACACUGGCGUCUUUUCACGUAAAUAGCCCCGCC